CCUAAAGCCAAAAAGAUGGACGACCGUCCAGCUAAUCCCGUUUUCAUCACAACUUGUCCUGAGUACAAUUUUUUGCGGGAAUAUCGCCAGGCGUGCAAGCAGAAGGACAGCGAUCCGUUGACCAUCCUAAGAGAGGCCUCGAACGCCUGGAACGCUCUCUCGGACGACGAGAGGAACAUGUUUGAGGAGGAUCGCUAUCUGCGUGUCACCUUCGAUCGCUCCAGCCUGGAUGCCAUGGGACUAGCCGUCGAUGUGGUGGCCGCCGAGCAGAUGCUCGUGCACCGCACAGCCAGUGAGCCAUCCAGUGUCAGCCAGAGUACGCCAAGACGCCGGGCAGCUAGAGGUGGAAUGAGGGCUCCCUCUUUGAAGAUGCCCCCUUCUACACCAAGAAGGGGUCGUAAACGUCCUGCAAGCAGCCCGGGCACACCGCGUCGUUCCAAACGGCGCCGAGAGCAAUGACUUCAUCGUAGUUUCAAAUUUUUGUUGCAGUUACAUUAAUGGGGAUUCCAAAUAAUAAUAUAACCCCCUUUGACUUCGGCCAAUAAAUAGCCACAAGCUAAAAAUCAA